AUGACCCAGCGACCUGGGCCAUUCUACGAACCUCCUCCGCGCUCAGGACCAAGCCAACCGAACAUGAAUCCUUUUCCCGAACCAAAAUAUACUCCCCCUUUUGGUCCUGCAGUAAUGCCCAAGGAUGAAUUUGACGAUCGCGCCCGUCGCACUAGUCUAGGUGGCAUUCUGCAGCGACCGGAAAGUCAGCCUCCGCCGACCAACAUCUCGCCGCCAUUCCCGCCCACGUCGCAUCCACCAGCUCGACCAGAGAGUAUACCUCCCUCCUUUCCACCGAUCGAUCGCCCCGGGGGACAACCAAUGAGCGGCCACGAUCCUCCACGUUCAACCGGGCUGACCGGGCCCUAUGACACUCGGCCACCCGGCUUGUCAACUUUAUCUCGUCUUCCACCGACGGGGCCUCCAUCGCAACCAGUGUCUGUUCAGCACGAACGGCCUUCCACCCAAUCUCUCUUUCCAGAAAUAAGACGCCCUCACGUGAACGGCGGCGAGGGUCGACUGGCAGGGAUACUAAAUCAACAAGGGGAGCCAAUAUACGGUGCGCCAAACAUGAUGCGACAAGACUCGGUUCAGUCGCAAAGCGAUCGAUCGGUCCUUGGCGACCGCUUGCGUACUAACCGAGCCUACUCCCCCUUUGCAGGGUCGGUGGCAUCGGGGCCUUUGGAUGAACAAGUCCGCAAAGGCAGCGAAGAAUUAUCGCAACACAGAGCUAUUCUCGGCUUGGCAAAUGAAUCAAAACGCGGAAGAUAUUCACCUGUACCUCAAGCAGUGCAGGGCGCCCAAGCCCAGACUCCAGUACCAGAUGCUGGUAUCAAAAGUGAGCACGGUCGAGUUUUUGCUGGUAUCGGGAGUGGGCUGGGUUCUACUUCUUCUGGACUAACUCCCGCACCCCAGAAUUUACCCGCGAGCCCGUUCAAGCGGGACGAGGGUGGUGCUCGCCUGAGUGAAGAGAAUCUGAUGAAGAUGUCCCGAAGUACAUCGGGAAUUAGCAAACGCAAUCGCAAGGCUCUGGACGAAGAGGUUAGAGCCGAGAGCGACGUGGGUGAGGUAAAGAAGCCGGGUCCAGGGCGAGGCAAAAGAAGCAAGUACUCACAUUCCUACAAAUUGGAGCUUGAAGACACUACCGCUCCGGCACCGCGGAAGAACGGGCCCUUUCCCACAUCAAACCCUAUUCGACGAACAGCCACUCCAACAUCCAAUCCUGUGCAACUUUCUCAAAACCCACAGACUCAGCGACCGUCUUCGGCAGUAGGACGAUCUUCUACUUUCAAACCCAAGAAGGUUAUAAGAAUAUCUUCGGUCGUAGCGCAAGCUCGACGAAACCCACGCCGUCAUCUCGGAUUCUUCAAAUACGAACCUGUGGUAGGUGUGCCCGACUACAGCCGGCCGCAGCCGCAGAAGUUCGACGUCUCCAUCCGACCAAAUCUACUGCCUUCCUUCAAGGACCCGGAUCAGAUCAACUGCACUUAUACAGUCAAGGUAUCCAGUAUGUGGCUCCAGCGGAAAGAGAGAAAUCUCAUCGGCGCUGAACAAUACCUAUGGGGAUCAGGUAUCUACACGGAUGAUUCCGAUCCUGUAGCAGCUGCGAUGCAUUCUGGAUUCAUUGAGUCUGCCCACAUUGAAGACACUCUCCUGAAUAGGCUGAUUGACGAGCAAAAUCCCAGAAUUGAAGGUCUAUCGGCGCCGGAAACGCCAGCCGCCGUGCCAGAGGGGAAGGAUCUGCACAUCACUCUGGUUGUACUUCCUCAAUUGGAAAGUUACGCUGACAGCGUUCGCUUUGGGAUCAAGAGUCGCAGUUGGCCUGGGCUUAUUGGGGAGUCUUCCACAGAACACCAGGCGGCCCAUGACGGUGUGAGUUUUAUGGUGUUGAAGACACAAUUCAUCGAUGACGGCGUGAUGAACCGGCGCCUAGGGCGGACAGGCGAGGAGAAACGCAAGAGAUUGCGAGAGGAAUUGGCCGAUCGCCAGCGUGGGCUCGAGCUGAUGAAGGAAAAGAUCGCUCUAGCGCAAGCAAGGGAGAAAGAGAGAUUGGCAAAAUUGAGCCGCCGUAGAAAAGAGCCGCAGCUCAGCGGUGGGAAUUCGAUUCGGAGGACAGAUGAGAGGAUCUGGGGGCCCAAUGCCCACCCUGAUCGUUUACAUGAGGUCGUACAAGAAAAGGAGAACCAUGCCCCUAUCAAAAACAACGCGGGACAGCCACCAGAGAACGGGGCCAACGGAGACCAGGGGACCGCUACGGAGGAGAUGAUGAAGCUUGACGGGGUGGGACAGAGUCCCGACUCAUGGAUCAAGCAGCUCAACGACGUCGCCGCCACUGCUUAG